AUGACCAGUGACGUCGAGAAGUGGGUGGAUUCUUGCUCUUCGUGUGCGUUGAACGGUAGACCAGAGAAGCCUACCCCAAUGCAGCGCAUCCUUGCUCCGAAAGCGGUCUGGGAAACAAUAGCGCUGGAUUUCAAUGGACCUUACAUCAAAUUCGGUGGAAUUUCCAUCCUCGUCAUAGUUGAUUACCGGUCGAGGUUUUUGCUUGCUAAACCAGUAAAAUCUACUAGUUUUGAGAACACCAAAAGAGUUUUGGAGGACGUUUUCGACAGAGAAGGUUUUCCAAAAACGAUAAAGACGGACAACGGCCCGCCUUUCAACGGUGAAGAAUACAAACGCUACUGUACGGAAAGAUCAAUUACACCAAUCUUCUCCACGCCAUUAUUCCCGCAACAGAACGGGCUCGUGGAGAGCUACAUGAAAGUAGUUAAUAGAGCUAUGACCAAUGCAACAAUCAGCAAGACGAAUUAUGUUGAAGAACUACGCAAAGCAAUUCACGCCCAUAAUGCUGCGAUCCAUAGCGUAACCAAGUUAGCUCCCGAAGAAAUCAUGUCUGGUCGGAAAAUAAAACGAGGAUUACCAUUACUUGACUUCGAAAAGUGUCGAUAG